AUGCCGAUGUAUCAGCCGCCUGGUCCGAGAAGGGUUGGGGAUCUCAAAUUUGAUGUGGGCGGUGGUGGGCAAGUUCUGGGCGGCGGAGGUGGGUUAGUUUGCGGUGGCGUUACGACGGAGAAGUUGGAUCUGAAGAAGAUGAUAGAAGAGCUGGACCUCAGUUCUGAGUCUAAGACGAGUCUGAUGCAACCCGCAAAGAUUUCGUUAAUGGUUGAUAUGUUGAAUGAGGGGUCGAUUGAGACCAAGAUCAAUUGUACGAAAUUGAUUGAUGUUUUGAUGGAGGGCAAGGAUUUGGAGUCAGAAUUUACCUCGAGUUUGAGUCUUGUGGUUGGAUUGUUGAGGCUAGUGAAAGAUAAGAGGCACUCGAAAAGGGUGUUGCCUGGACUGAGUUUGUUGAAGACAAUUUGUUCACACGAGUCAGUCAGGAGCUCGGUUGUGAGUGUUGGGACAGUUCCUCAGGUGGUUGAGCUCUUGCCGAGCUUGAAUCACGAGUGUUUGGAGUUAGCACUUCAUAUCCUAGAAGUAUUGAGUAUUUGA